AUUGUACCUAGCUGGGUCCUGCUCAAUGAAUUGUGUCUCUUCUCAGAUAAGGUGGCCUGCGUCGUGCCUUCUGAGUGUGUGAAACAGUGUGGCACCGAGGUUGGCUGCACCAACUAUGCCUACCCCACCCUGGUGCUGGAGCUGAUGCCUGAUGGACUGCGAGGCCUGAUGCUGUCAGUCAUGUUGGCUUCUCUUAUGAGCACCUUGACCUCCGUCUUCAACAGUGCCAGCACCCUCUUCACCAUGGACCUCUACACCAAGAUGAGGAAGAAGGCAUCAGAGAAAGAGCUCAUGAUAGCUGGACGGGUAUUUGGCAUUGUUCUAAUCGUCAUCAGCAUCCUGUGGGUCCCUUUUGUACAGGCAUCACAAAAUGGACAGCUAUUUCAUUACAUAGGAUCACUUGCUAGCUACAUUGGGCCUCCAAUUAGUGCUGUCUUCAUGCUUGCCAUCUUCUGUAAAAGAGUCAAUGAACAGGGAGCAUUCUGGGGGCUAAUGGUUGGACUUGUGGUAGGCCUUGCCCGUAUGAUUCCUGAGUUUAUAUAUGGAACAGGCAGCUGCGUGGCUCCCGGUAACUGUCCCAAGAUUAUCUGUGGAGUGCACUAUACAUACUUUGCCAUCAUUCUGUUUUUUGUGUCCAUAGUAGUAAUCCUGGGAGUCUCCUUCCUAACGAAGCCAAUUCCUGAUGUUCACCUAUACCGCCUGUGCUGGAGUCUUUGGAACAACACAGAAGAACGCAUUGACUUAGAUGCAGAAGAGAAACCUCUAGAAGAUGAUAGUGCUCCUGAAGAAG